UCUCAGCGAAGGAUUGCAAAAUAACGAUGUGGCUAUCGGUAGCUGUGCAUCAGGCGCGGCAGCUAAGUAAGGUGGUACUGUACUCGCGCCGCAUGCGCAAUCACGGCCUAGAAAAUCCCAGACUGUAUCAGAGUGCCCACGACCUUCAACGGAGAGAUAACCAAAUGAUUCUGGAUUUCUACAAGAACACUCUCGAAAGAAACCUCUGUCUCGAGUCGGCACAAGUGCUCGACAUUGGUUGUGGCAGCGGAGAUAGUUCGCACGACCUGCUCUUGCCUUUGGCUGUUGAGCAUCUAGGUGCUCAGAGGCUGGUCGCCACAGAUCUCUCACCGGCCAUGGUAGAAUUUGCACGCGAAUCGUACCCACAUCGUUCAAUCUGCUAUGACGUAUAUGAUGUUAGUUCAACGGAAUCGACUGAAUUAUUGUUGUCGAAGUACGGCUAUUUCGAUGUUGUAUUUUCCCUGUACGCACUGCACUGGGUACGAGACCUUGGAAAAGCGUUGAAAAAUAUCCGCAGACUCCUCAGACCCCCCCGAUCUGUCAAAGACUCGCCAAAAAGCUCACCGGCGUUCGUUGCAGCGAGGUCCGAUUCGGAGUUUCUUCUCGCGUUUUUGGCGCUCAACCCUGCGGUUUUGGUUUACCACGAUCUUGCCAAAAAGCCGCGAUGGGCUAAGUAUUUCAAUGAGUCGCAUAUCCCGUUUGGUGAAAUUUAUUGCCAGAAAGACCUGGAAGGACUUGCCGCGAGCAGUGGUCUCGGACUUCGUAGCUGCGAAGUGCUGAACCUCGAAUGUCAACAUCCAUCAAUGGAGACGCUUAGAGAGUCAGCUGUGGCUGUGUGUCCCUUUUACCAGUCGAUACCCAAGAACGUCGUCGAAGAAUUUGAACGAGACCUCGUCGAGGCAUACCUCCGUCUCAGCGAAGGCACUACUGUGUUCAAUUAUCAGCUUGCGGUUUUGCACGGUUUCGCCCAAUGAGCAUUAAAUGAAGUGCUAUUUGAGGAUCUAAUUAAAUCGAUAUCAUUAUUUAAAGACUGCACACACGAUAAACACUGUAGAUAGUCUUAACUAGUUCACCAGCGGUUUCAGCAGAAAUCAAUUCUGUAUUCAUUCUGUAUAUUCAUUGCGUGAUACCUAGGGUGAGGAUAACAAUAAUCUCUAACAUUUUUUCUAUCUAUGUGAGUUAAAAUAUUUUUACGCUAAAGCAGAGACAGAUACUUACGGAUUGCUGAUGUAAUGAUACCCACCACGUAAUAGCCUGAUUUUAUACUUUGUCACGAUACAUGCGGUAUCGUCAUUAUGUUCCUGAUGCAAUACGUAAUACACGUAGUCAGCACGGACACAUUACAUACAGGAAUCUGUACCCUCACGAUACCUGUU